UCACGAUGGAAGAAAAGAAUAAUAAAAGGUAGGUCAGUAAUUAUUAAAAUGGCAGAAAGUGAGUUAUAUGAGAAACUUUCUAUUCGAGAUUCUGUAAAAUCUUUAAAAAAAUAUGGUAGUACCUCAAAACAUAUGAAACGUCAUGAAAAUCUAAUUAAACAUUCCAUUGAGUCCACCGAUACUUUGCAAGGGAUUGCCUUAAAAUAUGGAGUUACGACUGAACAAAUUCGCAGGACGAAUAGAUUGUGGGCUUCCGAUAGUUUAUUUUUACGGGAGUAUUUAUUGAUUCCGGUUGCAGCCGAUAGUCCAUUUAGUCCAAGUGAAGUGAACAGAGACAUGUCAAUUGUAAAUAUGAAUAAUAAUAGUUCUAGUAGUAAGCCCGUAUCACCGUCUAGUGAUCUCGAAGAACCGACAAUUGAUGAUUUUUUAUCGAAUAUUGAUCAUUCUAUUGCGAAUACGAAAAAAGAAGUUAGAAAAUCACAAGGAAACAGUGAGUUUAUUUCGGAUGAUGAUUAUGAGUGUAGCUAUGUAAAAAAGAAACAUGCCGUAUCACGUUUACGACAAGCGUCUACAACCAGCGGCUCAUCGAAUAGCACAUCAUCAGCGAUCAUGAAAUCAAUGUCACAUCCCCCGCCAGAUAUUCUAAGUAUAGGUAAUAAUUCAUCAAGCACAUCGUAUCAACAAUACAAUACACAGCCAGUGCAUACAGUGCCCAUGGUGAUCACACAAACAGGUCGUAAGUUACGUACAUCUCUACAGAGGUUAGAACAACAGCAAGAUGAAAUGUUUGAAUUGUAGCAUCCAUCAUUAAUUAUUUUUAAUAUUUACUACAUUUAAUGUAUUGAUAUGAUAACAUUCAUAUGUUUUUCUUUUUAUAUAGGGUGUGUUUCGUAAUAUUCACCAUUAUUCUGGCCAGUGCUCAUAACGUCAGAAAUCGAUGCCAUAUUGUACUGGUAAAACGGACAUGACAGUGUACAAUUUGUUCACCGGGUGAUGUACAAGAUAUUUAUUUAUUUAUUGUUCAUUAAGAAGGACUAAUGGCGUCUGGAAAGGACUUACUUGUAAUUGACGAAUACGAUGGAAAAUUGUAUACGCUCAAAGUAACUCCUGAAGAGUAUCAUAGAGCAAAUACAUUUAAGUUAUUUUGUUGCCUAGCCUAAAAUAUGACGUCAAGUACUGGCCAGUAUAUUUCGGAACGAUUCACUAGUAUGGCGUCGGUUCAUGACGUCACCAACACUGACCAGUACACUGGCGAAUAUUACGGAACACAUCCAUAAAAAAACAUUAACAAAAAACACACAUCAAGCUCUUAAGUAAAUGAUAUUCCAAAAAAUAAAGUAGAUAAAAGAAAUAAAGUACUAAAAACGGAUCAACUGACGAUUUUGUGACCAGUAAAGGGAUCAGGAUGUUUUUUUUGCAUUCGAUUCUUGAAGGCGUCCUCUUGAGGUACCUAGUGCCCAGGGUGGACAGUAUGCACCUCGUCUCUUGCAGUUUUUACGAGAAUAUGUAACAUAUUUUAUCGAAGCUCGUUAUUCGAGUGUAUUCGGGGAAAUGGAACACGAUUAUCACUAUGAAAAUGGCCCCCGCUGUAUCUGGUGCCCAUGUCGGAUGAAAGUGGAUCGUUGGAUGAAACUUCUUACUUCUUGCGUUAAUUUUGGGAUAUCCAUAUUAUUUUAGUGUAUAGAGUGCCACUUUUGGUAUCCUAACUUUUUUAUUACCGGAUGGUUUAAAAUUGUUUGUCGUAAUCAGAUUGUCAAAAGAACGGGGCCCGACGACAACAAGAGUUUUAUUGCUCCAUUUUUUACUAAUAUACCACUUGUGGUGCUUUAUAUGCUUUCGAAUAAUUUACAGUGCACAAAUAUUUAAAAUAAUUAAUUAGAAUAGGGAUGCAAAUUAAAAUCUCCUAUUUAUAUGAUUUUUAUCAGAUUAAAUUAGAAAAACCAUCGAACUGCAGAGAAUAUAAUUCGAGAAGCUUCCUUCUUAUACCCUAUUUU